CACUUUAUUCAUGUCUUUUAGUUAACAAACCUUGGUGUGAAACAACUGUUCCAAUUUUAUGGAAGAAUCCUUGGAAAAAUUUAAAAGAGAAGAAUGAAAAGUUAUUAUCAAAAGUAAUAAUAUCACAUUUAUCAAAUGUAUCAAGAAACAAAAUAAGGGAAUAUAAGUUAUUGACCAAUUUUUAUAAAAAGCUUUCAUUUAAUUAUAUUCGUUAUUGUAGACAUUUAAAUUUAGAUAUAGUUCAAAGAAUAAUCAUUAAUAAUAAUGAUAUCUAUGAAAAAGAUAAAAAUUUAAAUGUUCAAAACGAAGUAUUAAAUCUUUUAAUUAAUGAAAAUAUGAAAUAUACUCAUCUUUAUAUAUACCAAAAUUUCGACAGUCAAAUACAUCUUACUCAUGAGGCUAAACGCUGCUUUUCCGAAAUUGAAUUCCUUAGUUGCAGUACUGGUAUAAAGGAUAAUAUUAUAUCUAUAUUAACAGAAACAUGUAAAUCAAUUAAGAAAUUAGAACUUUUUAUUAAGUUAGUGGAUAAUAAUUAUGGAAUUGUUAAAUUUAUCGAAGCUCAAACAAAGUUAUUUGAUGUUGGUUUAAUUCGUACUUUCUAUUAUGAUGGAACAUUUUACGAAAUCCUUGAGAAUUCAUUAAUUAAACAUGCAAGUACCAUACAAUAUUUUAAGAUUACAAGACGACCCUCAACAAAUAUUCUUUCAUCUUUUAUAAAUUUAAAGGAAUUAGAAUUGACUUGUGCUGCACAAUGUGUCGCUUCAUUGAAUUACUUAGAAAAUUUAUCUUUUCCUUUUUUGCAAGUUUUAAAAUCUAAUAAUAUUCCAAUUGAAGCUUUAACAAGCUUAAUAAUGAAUACAAAAGGAUUUCUUGUUGAAAUUAAAUUAGAUUAUAUAAGAAAUGAUAGACAUGAUGAAAUUAGCAAUAAAAAACUUAUUCAAGUUAUUUAUCAAAAUUGUCCAAAUAUUAAGUAUCUAAAACUAAUAAUUAGUAA